AUGGAUGAGAAGCUGCAAGCGCAUCAGGUUGACAUCGACCCGGAUUUUGAACCCCAGAGCCGGCCUCGCUCUUGCACCUGGCCGCUGCCUCACCCGGACUUCCCGGGAGAAGAGGACGAUGGAGCCGCGGCGGCCGGCGGCGGCGGCGGCGGAGCAGCAGGCGGCGGCGGCUCCUCCAAGCACCCGCUGGCCGGCGGCACGGAAGGCGCCGAGAACGCCGGAGUGGCGGCGGAGCGCGGCAAAGCCGCCCCGGCGCUGCCUUCUCUGGGCGCCGACGUUGGACAGCUCCGCAAGGCGAAGACCUCGCGGCGCAACGCCUGGGGCAACCUGUCUUACGCGGAUCUCAUCACCAAGGCGAUCGAGAGCUCCCCGGAGAAGCGGCUCACCCUCUCGCAGAUCUACGACUGGAUGGUCCGAUAUGUCCCCUACUUUAAGGAUAAAGGAGACAGCAACAGCUCGGCUGGUUGGAAGAAUUCGAUCCGGCACAACCUGUCGCUGCACACCCGCUUCAUCCGCGUCCAGAACGAAGGCACCGGCAAGAGCUCCUGGUGGAUGCUGAACCCCGAGGGUGGCAAGACUGGGAAGACGCCGCGUCGGCGGGCCGUCUCGAUGGACAACAACAGCAAGUUCCUGCGCAUCAAGGGCAAGGCCAGCAAGAAGAAGCAGCUGCAGGCCGCCCAGGAGCGCGGAGAGGAGAGCCCGGCCAGCCAGCAAGCCAAGUGGUCGGAGAGCCCCGCCUCCCACGCCAGCGAGGAGUACGAUGCCUGGGCUGACUUCCGGACACGGGCCAACUCCUCGGCCAGCACGCUGAGCGGGCGCCUCUCCCCCAUCAUGGCCAACCAUGAGCCGGAUGACCUGGAGGAGGAGGACGGCACUCCAUCUUCCCCAUUGAUGUACCCCAGCCCGUCCAGCACCAUGUCCCCCUCCCUGAACGCCCGCUGCUCCGUGGAGAUGCCCCGGCUGACUGACCUCACUGGCACCAUCAACCUCAACGAGAGUCUCGGCGAGAGCCUCCUGGAUGACCUGCAGGACAACUACAACAUGAGCCCCACCCAGCCGCUGCCCGCCGGGGGCCUUCGGCAGAGGAACUCCAGCUUCAGCUUCAACUCCAAGUGCUCCGGUGUGGGUGCUGGAGGGGGAGGGGGAGGAGGAGGAGGGGGAGGAGGAGCAGGAGGGGGAGGCAACACGUACUGCGGCACCAUCUACAGCCAGCCUGCCAUGAGCCUCAUGCGCCGCCUGCCCAUGCAGACCAUCCAGGAGAACAAGCAGGCCACCUUUGCGCCCAUGAACUCCUACCGCAAUGCCUCGUUGCAGGACCUGCUCUCCUCCAUCUCGUUCGCACACAAAGAGGGUGAGCCGCACAUGCCGCCAGCUAACAGCAUGCCCCCUCCCCACCGUGGCCACAGACAGAGUUCCCUGGUGUGUGGGGGAGGGGGCGGAGGAGAGAUAGGUCUGGUCCCCUACCCUCCCCAUGCCGCUUCCCUGGUGAAGAGCAACGCGUUGUACCACCCGUCACCAGCUGGCCACCACCCUGCUCUCCACAACAGUGCCUUACCCUCUCCCAUCAGCCUUAUGAGCCUGCCCAGCGAGACUUGCAGCAUGGUGGCCAUGCCCCAUCAUGGGCACCACCUCCACUCCUACGUCAACAACCAAGGGGCGCACAUGAGCUUGCUCGAUUCUUUGCAGGGACCCUACCCAGAAGCCAUGCACACCCCCGUGUUGGGCCAGGACAGAUUCCCCGCAGACUUGGACUUGGACAUGUUCAAUGGGAGCUUGGAGUGUGAUGUGGAGUCCAUCAUCCUCAACGACUUUAUGGACAGCGACGAGAUGGACUUCAACUUUGACUCGGCUCUCCCGCCGCAAAACGGUCUCAACAUGGCCACUUUGCCCAGCGCCCCGCAGCCCCCCAAUCAGAGCUGGGUGCCUGGGUGAGGCCUCCAGAGACAACUCUGACCCAUCAGUUGGCAUGGGGUGGAGGGGUGUAUGGAAACAAACUCUCUCUCUCUCUCUCUCUCUCUCCUCCCCCCGUUGCCUUUCUUGUUUUCUUUGCCUUCAUUUGUUCAGCCAGGCUAGAGCCAUCUGUUUCAACUUGACAACGACACUCAACACACACACACACACACACACACAGACACACACACAGUGUAGGGUGAAAUGUUUUGACAGGUACUGGCGGCUUCCCGCUCGUACCAGGUGUAUUGUGCAGUAAAGUCGGAUCUGUCUUUGAUGUGUGCAAUAGGCACAAGUUAGCCAUGGCAAUUGCAGAGCUGCCGCCCCCUCUCUUCCGCCUCCCCUCUCUCCCUCCUGGGGCGCCUGCACUAUUGCACAGAAGGGGAGAACAGGUGAUGGUUGGCCCAAAGAGCAGUCUAGAACCAUCACCAAGCC